AUGCCCAGCUCUCUAACGUUGUCCUCUUCUGCAAAGCAAAUCCACCGUCGCCCACUACUCUCUUUCACGCCCAGUUCUCUCUCACAUCUAGAGCUUCAUCGUUGCUCUCUUCUGCGAAGCAAAACCCCUGUCAAACGACAGCCACCGCCACCCACUACUCAACACCCAGAAGUUGGCCAGACACCAUGUUCUAUAAUUUUGUCAAACGAAUGCAUGAUAAACACUUCAGGGAUGCCACACAAUGCUCUUGGAAGGUUAAAGGCUAUAUACCUCAGAGAACCUGCCCUUGUCUCUACAAUCCCUCCAUUAUCUAGCCCUGACAACAACCUGCGGCAACGCUAUGGGGUUAUUGAAGCAAGUGAAGGGGUUAUUGAAGCAAGUGAAAAGAUGAAGCAUGUAGCUGCUGUUGUAAAACACCAAAAAGACCCACUAAGGGCACUAGAAAUGUUCAAUUCAGUUAAAAAAGAAGAUGGGUUUAAGCAUAAUUUGUUAACUUAUAAAUGUAUGGUUGAAAAGCUUGGUUAUCAUGGGGAAUUUGAAGCCAUGGAAGGUAUGAUUGCGGAGAUGAGGAUGAAUAUGGAUAAUGGCUUGUUGGAAGGAGUGUAUACUAGUGCCAUUAGAAAUUAUGGUAGGAAAGGGAAGAUUCAAGACGCUGUUAAUGUGUUUGAGAGAAUGGAUUUUUACAAUUGUGAGCCGUCAGUGCAAUCUUAUAAUGCAAUUAUGAAUAUAUUGGUUGAGCAUAAGUAUUUUGAUCAAGCACACAAAGUGUACAUGAGAAUGAGAGAUAGAGGGAUUCUUCCUGAUGUAUAUACCUUCACAAUUAGGAUAAAGUCGUUUUGUAGGAUGAGGAGACCGCAUGCUGCCCUGAGGCUUCUCAACAACAUGCCAGCCCAAGGAUGUGAGUAUAAUGCAGUUGCCUAUUGUGCAGUGAUCAGGGGAUUUUAUGAAGAGAAUAAUCCAGGUGAGGCAUAUGAAUUGUUUGUUGAGAUGCUCAGACUAGGAUUCUUGCCUAAUAAUAUCACAUUUAAUAAGCUUAUACACACUCUUUGUAAGAAUGGGGAUGUCCAAGAAAGUGAAAGACUUCUCAACAAGGUUUUCAAGCGGGGGGUGUCCCCAAAUUUGUUCACGUUCAAUAUAUUCAUUCAAGGCCUUUGUAGAAAAGGUAUGCUUACUGAGGCUGCCAGGAUGUUGGAUAGUUUGAAAAAAGGAUGUUUGUAA